AUGCUGCAGCGAGCAACUGCUGCCCUCCUGCUUUCGGGGGCCCCCCUGGGGCCCCUCAGGGGCCCCCAGACCCCAGCAGCAGCAGCAGCAGCAGCAGCAGCAGCAGGAGCAGCAGGAGGCGUCCAGGGUCGCCGUUUCUACAUGGGCCCCCGUAGAUGGCCCGGCAGCAGCAGCAGCAGCAGCAGCAGCAGCAGCAGCAGCAGCAGCAGCAGCAGCAGCAGCAGCAGCAGGGGCUCCCCGCCAGCUUCUUUUUCAAUCUUCAGCACAACCUCCAUGCAGCAGCCGGAGCCGCUGCAGCAGCAGCAGCAGCAGCAGCAGCAGCAGCAGCAGCAGCAGCAGCAGCAGCAGCGGAAAGCUGUGCACUUGGUGGCCUGCAGCAGGGGCGAGUGGCUCACGCUGCAGCUGCUGAUGCAGCAGUCGCUGCCGGUUUUGUUCAACUGGCACAAAGAGGCGCUGCUGGCUGCAGCGGAGGACGAAGCCAACCCAAACCCUAAUUAG